UCCGCCAUUUCAGUCCUGGAGUUUCUUGUUGCACAUUAGUUUUGAAUAUUUUUUGUCAUUUUAACGUUUAAGCAGUAGAAAAAUAGGGGUUUGUGGUGCAACAUUUACCCAGUCAACUUAAACGCCUCGACAUUCUUUGGUGGAAGUUGCUAAAGUCUUGGCAUUAUACUGUUUUUGUUUUUUUCAGCGGCAGCGUUAGUCAACUAAAGUUUUUGUAUGAGUUGCGGAUAGGGAGAGGCGAAGGGGAAAGGCCUCAAGCCUCGGACGGGAUUUCACAGCCAUGGCCGGUAAUUUUGAUGCCGAAGACCGUGCUAGCUGGUACUGGGGAAGGCUAAGUCGCCAGGAGGCGGUUUCUCUUUUACAGGGACAGAGACAUGGUGUUUUCCUGGUGAGGGACUCAAUAACCAGCCCCGGUGACUACGUGCUGUCCGUUUCAGAGAACUCCAAAGUGUCCCAUUAUAUAAUCAACAGCAUCAGUAACAACCGGCAAUCUGGCUCAGGUUUGGUUCCUCCUCGGUUUCGGAUUGGGGAUCAGGAGUUUGAGGCGCUGCCGGCCCUGCUGGAGUUUUAUAAGAUCCACUACCUGGACACCACUACACUUAUAGAGCCCGUAAGCAAGGCCAAGCACACAGGUUUCAUCAGCUCCUCUGUUGGAGUGCCGCAGCAGCCCGAGGAGGCUGAGUUUGUCCGGGCGCUGUUUGACUUCCCGGGCAACGAUGAGGAGGACCUCCCCUUCCGCACGGGUGACAUUCUGCGUGUGCUGGAGAAGCCUGAGGAGCAGUGGUGGAACGCUGCAAACCAGGAGGGCCGAGCCGGAAUGAUCCCCGUUCCCUACGUAGAGAAGUACCGGCCCGCCUCGCCCACUGCUGCGGGCUUGGGUCCCCCUGUUGUGGGGGCUGGACAGGGGGGGCAAAUUGGAGGGGUAGCGGGCAGCACAGACGGAACAGGGGCUGCACCGCCCAACCCUCUGGCGGACCCAGGCCAGUACGCUCAGCCAGUAGUCAACACUCAGCUUCCCAACCUACAGAACGGGCCUGUGUAUGCCCGAGCCAUUCAGAAGAGGGUGCCCAACGCCUACGACAAGACGGCGCUUGCCCUGGAGGUGGGAGACAUGGUAAAAGUGACCAAGAUCAACGUGAACGGCCAGUGGGAGGGCGAGUGCAAGGGCAAACGCGGCCACUUUCCCUUCACCCACGUCCGACUGUUGGAACAACACCAUCCUGACGACGAGAGCUGAGACACACACACGCACUCCCAUCACCUGUGCACAUCCCUUCUCUUUUGGCCACUUCAUCAUGCUCGGAAAGAAAAACAUAUUUAUACAAGCACACAGCACAUGAACCUAUGAGCUAAACCCACACGAGACGUGUCGGGGGAUCUUGCCUAAUGUCAUUUUGGUGGACAUCGGUCAUACUAAGGGUUUACACUAAGGUCAGACUGAUAUCGGUUUGCCUAUAUUAGCUUAAGUCAGCAUUACCCACAACUAGUGUUGCCUUCCUCCAUGACUACAGCCUCAUAAAAAAUCACCAACGCCUGCAGUGAAAUCAAGUAGACAGCGACAUAUAGUUGUUUAAUAUUUAUUGGUGUCAAACUUGCAAAUUAACACACUUGUGUGUUGUCUUACCCAGAAUCAUAUGGGAAGAUCAGUUAUCAGUUUUAUCUCCAGUGUAACUCAUACAGAGAGAGGUAUUUUUAGCCGAGCUUAGCUUCACCACUAGAAACAAGGGCAAACAGUAACCUAGCAAAGUCAAAAGAGAAAACAACAAGUCAACUUUCAAUAACUUCAGUUUUAUUUACAGCUUUCACACCUAACCUGCUCGGUGUUUAGUUCAGAUGAGCUGCUUCUUUUAGCUCGGUCGGCUUUUGGCGGGUGUCAGUCAAAUUAUGGAUCGUAAUGUUACAGCACAAGACACUUCUUUAUUGUCUGGUUUCUACCUAUUAGGGAUUAUUUAUCACACACAAGGUUAAGUUGCAGUCUUGACUAAUAAUUCCUACAACCAUUUAUUUCACCAUGAGCAUUACCUGUCAGUCCAUAUCAUUUAAUGUUUACAGCUUUUUGCUCCUUUUAUAAUAAGUUAUGUGAACAGGAAAUAGAAGGAUUAAUAACUACAAGGCAAUGAUGUUUUUUUCCCUUUGGUCUGGACCGAUUGAACCAAACUAAAGACCAGUUAGAUUGUUACGAGUCAAAAACAAAUGAAAAUGAUCAAAUUAAGAGUUUUAAUAUCAACAGACUGUGAGUUUCAGACAGUUUCAGUCCACAGUGAGCACAGUAUCAGGCACCAGUUACCGAUAUCAGUCAAACCCUAGUUUACACACCUUCAGCCCAGUAUUGAAAUCUGCACUGCACAAGCAGAAAUCAGCCUACUCUUCCCUUCCUGCCGUAAUCUGUGUAUCCCCACCCACUUCAAUUCAUUCAUACACAGAAGGGAAAAAUAAUCGAUUGCACACAGGAGACGAAACACUCGGCUUCUCUCACAGAAUCAUGAAUCAGUGAGUUUUUGUAGACUGUGAACCUCAGAGCGAAACGAGCAAAGACUUUUCCUGAUGCCUCCGUCUCAUGGAGAAGAACGGUCCUCCUCGCAAAGACGACUUCACCGACUUAUUACAUACUACCCACACUACAAACCAAGUCCUCUUUUUUUUGUACUAAAAGUGGAAAAUAUGAUGAUAGAAUUGACUAUAUAUAUAUAUAUAUAUAUAUAUAUAUAUAUACACACACACACACCUUACAUUGCUAAAUACUGUAAACAUUUUGUUUCCUUUCCUACAUUUGAUUUUCUUUUACUUUUUGUUACCAGAGACCGUAUGCCUGUUAUUUUAUGUUCCUCUUUUAAAACACUAUUCAGUGCCAACAUGGAUGACUUCAAAUGCAGCAGUGUGAGAGAACAAAAUAAUCACCCUGUCGCAGAGGACAGACGGAUCCCCCGAGGCCGUUUUAGAAGAUGAGAAGAGAAAGGUUGAGGGAUUUUAUUUUUGUCUUCCAGCAGGGUUUUUUUUUUUUUUAUAACAUUAUCAGUUGCAAAUGUUUUUAAGAGGAAAAAAAAAAAAUCCACCCCAACACUAGUGCUUCUGCAUUUUUUUAAUGUGCCGGUAAAACAGAGAAUAUGUCACUUUGUCAUUUCUUGUGCCACCGAGGUGCUGUGACUGAUACUUGUAGGUUUAUUGUUUCUCAUCAGCUUUUUCCACAUUGAAAACACAAGCUAUGAUUACACAUGAAGCUUUUUUUUUUUUUUAGACACACACAGACCCACAGAGCAUUAUGCCAAUAUGAAAAUAAACUAUAAAAUGGUCUUAUUUCUCAACUAAAUGUAAUUUUAUAACAUCCUGUUUUAGAAGAAUGUGCUGUCAGACCUUUUUUCCUCAAAAGCAGGGUUGUCCUCUUUAACAUUAUCUCCUGUGUUAGCCUGUGUAAGCUAGUGCACACUUAUAAGGUGGUUUGGAAAUGGUUUUAAAAUGUGGUAAAUGGCAAUGACACUGAUGAACUGCUGUUACCAGAGACAAUAACACUGUUUUUGAGAGAAAAAUGCAUCCUGUGGUCAUAGUCUUAUUAUUCACAUGUUAAAAGAGACUAAAAAUUGGUUUGUACUUUAGUCUUCCCAAGUCAGAAACUCGCAUGUAUCAUCUUCCUACAUGAUUUGUAAAUGCGGUGAAUGUUUCUUGUAUGCUGGCAAUGCUGAACGACAGUAGGAACAGGGUGAGUGACAAACCCCAGCUGCAUGUAGACGUUUUUCUUUUUUUUUUUUAUCAGUCACUGGGGAGGAUCUGCUGAGUUACAUCCUCUCUACCUCAUUGUCUCAUGAAUUGGAAAAGAUGAGGAGUUGCAUAGGAACUGGCCCUGAGGCCUGAAGGCUCAGUCCCUCACUUUUGUUUUUUAUAUGUUUAAAAAAAAAAAAAAGAAAUGAAUAACAUGCUUGGCAAAUUGUUUCCAGAGCAUUCACAUAAAUAGAUUUUAUGUUUGCUUUCCAAAUCACCAGUUGAACAAAGUCCUGGGGUCAGAUGUACAAAUGAUGCCUACACACAAAAAGAAAACCCUUCAUGUAUCAUUUCACAUAUAUAUUUAUUAUAAGAAAGAUAUGGUGAAGCACACAUCUCAACACAGCACAUGCAUGGUGUUCUUUAAGGAGAUGAGUGUGAUACGGUGAAGCAGAACAUCUAAAAAUAAGUAUAGGCCUAAACACCUACUGUGCCUGUAUUAUAGAUGCAGUUAAUGGCACAUUGUCCUGGCUGGAUGUCAGUGGAGAACCAUGCAGCUGAUGAUCAGCGUAUUUUCCUGUUCUCUUCAGUGACACGCCUUAAGUUUUGUAGAGCAGAUCUACAAACAGUUGACCAAAGGUGCGUCUGUGUCCAGUCGCAGAUCACUGUGUGAGGCAAAAUCAGGCUGAUGCAUCUGCACAGUUUCACAAUAACUGAGAUUUACAAAACGGAUGUAAAAGAGUGCAUAUCCAUAUUACUGCUUUUGUACAAACGUAGAAAGUUGGUCUUAAACCUACACUGAAUUUUUAUGCAUCUGACCCCAGAUGUCCUAAAAUGUAGUCUUGAGUUUACAGUGUUUUUAUAAGUUGUGAAAUGUUCCCUCAAUUUGCUCUUUGUUUUUGAGUCUCAAAUUUAAAGAGCUUAUUUUUUGUACACUACAUUAAUUAUGUUAUUUUUUUUACCCUGAUAUGUUUAUGUUUAUUAAUACGAGCCACAAGUGUGGCUCAUAUGCAGCCCCAUAUAUAUUCAUAAACACCUGCUAUAGUUCAAAUGCUCAUAUUACAUGUUUCUUGAAGCAAAAAUAUGACUUGAUCACAAUUAGUGGUUAAUAUGCUGAGAGAAGUCAGUUAUGUGUAACUACAUGAUUCACUAGCACAGAGUGCCUGUAUAGACUUUACAUGGGUAUAUGGGUGACCGGGUAACACUAAAUGACUGUUAGUGACAACAGUGAAAUGACUAUAAAGUGUGAUGCUCCAAAUGUGGUGUGUUAGUGAUUUGAGGAAAGUAGAACAUUUAAAAAAUAUAUCCAAAAAAAACAUCAUUGAUGGAUUUUAAUGUGUAGGAAUUUUAAAUUAUCCAAUGUAUAAUUUGAAAUGAAAAACUCAGAAAAAUGCUAAAUGUGAUGUCAACUGUCAAGUAUGGUUAGUUUUUGCAUAAUUUAUAUCAAAUCGGUAUAAAAAAAAAAAAGAUGAUCAGUGAUGGUUGUUCCUUCUACCACAUUUCCCAUAUUAUUUCUUUGAAUGGAAAGAAGUGCUUGUGUUUCACUGUCCAUUCUAUGAUGGUACCCCUUGAUUUUUUUUUUUUUUUUAAAUCCUUCUUUCUAUUUGUUGUAAUGCCUUUAUGCAAAGUGUUAAUUGGGUGUUGCAUUCAGAUGCAUGUCACUGAACUCACACUGUUGCCUUUGAGAGGAAUAUUCUCAUUUCAUAGUCAUGACAUUAUUGUAAUUCAGCAAAGUCCAAUGAAUACUUAAGAAAUGUGUUGUUUUUUUUCUUAAAAGAUACCACUGAUGAUUCUACAAUAUGCACCUUAUCUCCUUCACAGCUCAAGACUCAACAUGCCAAAUAAUGAUGUUUUUCUUUGUUUCGUUGUUUUUGCUAUGAUCAAAUAUUUUUGCUUUUAUGCCAUUUCAGCCUGACUUUGAAGAGGACCGGAACAAGCAAAAAUAGGAUUUUUUUUAAAGAGAUUGUACAAUAUGUCAAAGUGUUAUGAAAAUAUAUUAUUUGAAGUUAUAAUUGCCUUCUUAUUUUCUGUAGUAAUGUGUUAAUAUACCUAGUCAAUAAAAAUAUACCAAAUUGUCA